AUGGCGGCGCCGAGCCCUUCGCUGGCCUCCCACUCCUUCUCUUCUCCCUCCCGGGAGUCGCCCUCGGGGCCGCUGCCGCCCCCGUCCCCGUCCUCUGGCGCGGCCUUCAAGUCGCCCCAGGACUCCAAGGCGAGCUCGCUGAGCCCCCCGCCUCCGGAGGCGUCCUUGCCCCUGGCGGUGUUUUAUGGGCCCCUGGACGCGAAGAACCCGCUGCUGGCCUCCUUUGAGAAAGAGAUCCGGGAGCUGCUGUGCUUCCUCCGGAGGAAAAAGGCCUUCACGACCGCCGGGGAGCAGAAGCACGAGCUGCUCAGGCGCUGUGCUACCACUUUGUUUAAUAUCUGGACCAAAUAUGCCCUCCGGUUGCCGACUGACUAUUACAACGAAAAGCUUCUGAAAGUUGGAGAUAGUCUUUGUGAAAUCAAAGAAUACAAAUUGGCCCUUUUACAGUGCUAUGGGAGAUAUCUUCAGCAGUUCAGCACUGACUUUGAUGAGAAUAAUGCAGAUGUGAACCAGUUUAAGGCUGUCUUUUUCCCAAAAGGCUAUGGAGACAAAACUGCUGCACACACAUUUCAUGCUUUAAAUGGCAAAAAUAUUUGCAGCUACCAGCUGAUCUGUGAUAGUGAUGUGAACCUGCAGAACAAAGACUCCCUGGCCCAUUGUCUUAGGAUCUUGUCCUCCUUCAGACUCCUAAUGCAAGUGGCUCUGCCGCAGGAGCAUCUUUGCUGGAUCAUUUUCAAUGGUACUAUUUAUAUUUAUACAAUUUGUAGAAAACUGAUGGUCUUAGGUCAGUCUGCCAAGGCUUUAGAAUAUCUACUGUGGGCCAGUAUCUGUAUGGAAUCCUCUGUCCCACUCCUGUCUGUCAGGUACUUGACAUGGAGAGCUACUCUUUACACUGCGGUCUGCCAGUGCUACUAUGAUUGUCAAGCCAGCAUUCAUGGAGAGACAUUUGCUCGUCGUGGUUUAGUUAAAAUUGAUGAGUUAAGGCAACUGGAAUUAAUGAGUUCCUCACAAUCCCAGGAAGAAUCCAGAAACUCUUAUAGAGAGGCUACAAUAAAGAUGGCGGUGAUGAUCUUCAAAAGAGGUGUAUUUGAAUCUAGAAAGAAAAACAAAAAUUACUUAAGACCAAGAAUAAGAAUUAACAUAAAGGAAACACAAGCUAUGCCAUGGCCAUGUACCACCACAGAACGUCUGUUGGAUGAGAUGUUUGACAGCAAUGCAUCUCGGUUUCUGGCUGUCUUGGAAGCCCUUUCUGAUUCAAAUAGGCGAAUUCUACAAGCUGGGCCAGCUGUUACAGAUGAAACAGAAACUCGGGAUGUUGUCACAGAGCUAUUUAUAGCAGGAAGAGCCCUUUUAAUAAUGUCAAAUAUUCGUAAAGAAGGAAUAUUUGAUUUUCCAUUGACACCGUUUUUGAAGCUAAUUGUAGGAGGGAAAAAUGUUAUUUCUCUGGAUGCAGCCAUGGCAUUUGUAAAAUUAGCUUUUACCUAUGAGGAAUGGAGUUUGUUUGAAUCUUUAGCUGGGAAGAUUCUUGAAUUUCUCCAGGGGCGGGAUGAGCCAGAGUCAAAGAAAGCAGAGAAGAAUUUAAUUUUACUCGUUGCAAUAGAGCCAUUAAUCAAUGUAAAGAAAAGCAAAGGUAUAGUCAUGCCUUUUGAAAACUACAAAGAAGGCCAUUUAGCUCAAGAUUUUGUAAAAAAAUUUGUUUUGCAUGAUACUUGUGUGAAGACUUAUGCAUAUUCAGAAGAUAUUUUCUAUUUGGCAGCGGUGUUGUUUUCCUGUCUCUAUAAUUGUCCGCAGGAUACUCAGCCUGAUAAGGAAAUUGUUGUGGACAUGAUAAUGUUUCUCUGGCAAAAAUGCAAAUUUGGAAUCCAACGGAUCAAUAUACCAAAAAAUGACUAUGCAAAAUUCGCCCAGAAAAUCAGUACUAAUAAAUGGGUUUAUCUUCUUUGGCAAAUCAGUGAAGUAAUUCAGUGCUACAGAACAGAAGACAUUGAUAUUGUGAUGAUGGCUGAGGUUACAUUACGGAUAAGUGAAAUAUUGGAGACUUUAGGCAACCCCAAAAGGAAGUUUAAAAAGUCUCUAGGCAUACCUGCUGAGAAAAGGAUAGAGGAAUUCCUUGGGACUCCAAAAGGGAGUUCAGAAAUUCUUCCAAUAUUUAAGAAAGAACCUAUAGAACAAUUAUUUUUGGCUUAUAAACUUCUUGACCAAACAAUUAAUGGAAUAAAUUUACAUUACAUGAUAACUAAUUUGCCCAAUGGAUUAUCAGUGAUUGACCACUGUUAUACUAAGUACCCCUGUGCUGGUGAUGGAGGCCUUUACAAACCAGUUACAACAAAUACUUUCAUUAUGGAUUUGCAUCUUGAACUAAUUCAAUCUCAGCAUCGAAUAGCCACUGUGCUUCUUUAUGAAUUGAAUGUUUUACAGACUCCAGAUGUUAGCAAAAAUAUACCUAACAAAGCUCCAGUGAAACUAAAACAAUCCAAAAGCCCUGAUUGUUUUACAGAAUUAACUGUAAUGAAUAAAAUAGGGAAGAAUAAGAUAUCCAGAGCAACUUUCUUAAUUCAAAAAGCUCUUUUAAUAUUUGAGAAAGAUGCAACCUGUCUAUAUUCAAAAGACUUUUUGAUGGAAGCAUAUUCUUUAAUUGAGAAGGCUGAAGCUGAACAAAAUGCCCUAUAUUUAGGUCAGAAACAUUUGGAAAGUUCAGAAAGGAAAAAGAGCAAAGUCCCUCCUCCACCUGUCCUGUUGUCCAGAACUCAUUGUUCUGUGACCUUGAAACCAGCUCCAUUUACUGCAGAUGUUAAGGUAUCUUGGUACACCAUUUUGGGUUGCAAAGCAGAAGGGAGCUUUGGGAAAGUCCGGUUAAACAAUAACCAUCUUCCAAACUCAGGAGAAGCGAUACCAGCUGAUGGUAAAACCGUUUUUGAGGUGAAAGAUUUAGAAACUAAUGAAAAAUAUGUAUUUGCAAUUGCUGCCUAUUCUUCCACUGGGAAGCUCAUUGGUAAUGCCAUUGGGGAGUCAACAAAACCAAUUUUGAUACAUCCACCUCUUUCCACUGUUACUGCUCGGAUGUACUUGACUCAGGCAGCCUACCAGAUUGGUGAAUAUGAGUUGGCUAAGAAAAUUUUUUCACCAGUUUGGGAUUAUUUUGUUGCUUCACCACCUCAGGAUGACCAAAUGAUUAUUUCUUUAAGCAAUAUAAUGACUGUUAAACAGAGAAGAUUACAUUCAGAUAUUUUGGCAGAGACAUCUUCAACCCUUUUAUACCUGUUUCUUAGAAAUAUUUUUGUAACAAGUGACAUUAAAAUUAAAGAAGAGCAUCUUUUCUGUGAUAAUAUUAAAGGCAAUGAGAUUUCUCCAUCUCAAAAUAUUGCCAGACUGGUUGAAUGUGAGAGAAUAUUAGUGGCUUUGGAACUUAGCAACUACCUAAAUGAUUCCAGUUUUGCCCUUCAAGCGGUGACUCAGUGUUAUGGCCUCCUGGCUCCAAUGAUCUUUCACAAUAUUGUUCUGGUCCCAGUUGUUCAGAUCUUGAUAAAGUGUUUGGCAGUUUUGCAAGUACUUCCAAAUGUCCUGCACUCAAGAAAAAAUGCUGCAACUUUUGAAAGUUCACAGCACAUGAUAGCUUGUUGUGUCUACUACUUAACAAAGAUUCUACGCUCGUGGAGGGAAUAUGACCUCGCAGUAAUGAUUAUAAAUUAUGGAAGACGGAUGUUGGACGUCACACCAGGAUGCAAAUCUUUAUUUGGUUUUAGUGAUCGAGAAGAAGUCACAGAGGAGGUAACUUCUAAGAAGAUUUUGAUUGGCAAGCCCAAGAAGUUACAGCAGCCAUUAAUACCUGAAAAGAUAAAUGAACAGUUGGUCAUGUUAGAGACUCACCUACUUAGACUGAUGAAACAAGUUUCUAUACCUGAACUCUCUGGAGCAGAGGACCCGAUAUUUCUUUACCCUAUAGUUUUUAAUUGGCCAGCUAAAGGUGCUAUAAAAGAAGUCCUGAAAUUUAAGCAUAGACCCAGAUUCCUGGAAUUCUUUACACAAGUUAUGCUAAAAUGCCUGAAUGAUGAAAAAUUUCACCUUGUGCUGGAAAUAACAAAUCCAGUUAUUGACUUCUUGAGAAGGAGGCAUGAAUCCUUAACUGGAAUGAGAAGAACCAGAAAUAAGGACAAUAUGGGUAAAAAGGGGCAGAAACUUGGGAAGAAGUAUAAAGCUGUAAUAAUGGAAAUUGGAAGAACAGAUCUGAUUACAAGAAAAAGAAAUAAGAAAAGGGAAACGCUAAGGGAAUUUCUUUCCAGAAAUCCAAAUAUAUAUGAAAUGAUGGAACAGGAAAGAAAUAAAAGAUCUGAUGUUAGAAAAGCAGCACAAAAGUUCCUGUUGUAUAGCUUGAGUCCUUUAGUAAUUAAUUAUAUUAAGAAAAAGAAGUUACAUCACAUAUACAUUGAGGAACUUCCCUGGAGAUCCCUGAUGAACCUGUAUCUGGCAAUUGCCUACUUCAACUUGUUUUUGACAAAACUGGUGGACCGGAUAAAGGGAAAAUGUAGCACUUUACAUACAAUGGUCAGUUUCCGAUCCUGUGAUCCUAGUAUGUUCUCAUUAUAUAAUUCAGGAACAUUACUACCAACAAAAAAAUUGUCUUUGGAAUACUAUAAAAUGAUGUUUGAUUUUCUUCUUACAUCUAGAAAAAGAAAGGCCAAUGCACCAUCAGAUGCAGAUGAACUUUCAGCAUUUAUUAGUGCCAAAUUGAUUGAGGAAAGUACUGGCAAGAAACAAAGCCUUCAAUACACUGACUCACAAAUGGGCUUGGCUUUAAAGGAAAAGGACAGAAGCAAUUUGAGUAUACUGGAUAACUUUACAAAAGUCUUUUUAUUUUGCAGGAGAGCAAUGGUUCUUGCUCAUCGAGGUGGUUACUGGACACUGCUUCAGAACUGCUGCCGGGCCCUUUGGAACUUUACUCAGGAGCUACAAAUACUUCAUAAACAGAACAUGGAUAUGUCUAAAACAUUUCCUGUUAGCAAUGAUGGUUUUCUCUGUACCAUUGUUUUGCCUUUCUAUUUGGGAGCAGAAUUGCUUCUUGACAUGUUACUAGAAUUACAGAAUAUCAAUGCUAUUAAGGUUAUGGAAGAUAAAGGAGAGUUCAGUGUUCCCAGCUGCUAUGGAAAUAUUAAGACUGAUAAUGGUGGUUUUAGCCUUACAUUUGAGCAACCUCUGGAUAAUGUGAAUAUGGUUGAUUUGAAAUGGAUCCAUGACUUUGUAUUAAAAUCUUUGGAACUCUUGUAUCAAGUAGAAAAAUGGGAAGCACUAGUAUCACUUGCCAUUCAAUUCAAUGCAAUUUCACAUGAGAGGUAUUUAGAACAAGUGACACCACUCUUGGUCUAUGCACAGCGCCAGCUUCUCGUAAGAAUAAGCUUGUCCAAGGAAAUAGAUAUUACCCAGCAAGCUUGUGCAAGAUAUGAAGCUGAGCAUGGAGAGAAGAUAACCUACAAGAAUUUCAUUGGGAAACAACUUAAGAUUAGACCUACAAUCAAAAAAGUGUCAUUGACAAGAUCCAGUGCAGAAGUUCCACACAGUUUUAUUUCUUCAGAAAACAACCUGGCCAAGGAUCUUGUCUGUGUGCCUGUGGAUGUGACAGACACUUUGAGAUGUUUUCGAGAAACCUUGGAAAAAUCCAAAUAUCAUAACAGAUGUAUCCGACACAGCAGAAAGUUGCUUUCAUUGUUUCUUGCACAGUUACAAGGUACAAAAGGAAGAACAAGUUCUCCCAAGGUAGGCACUGGAAAGGUGGAAUUCUGCCUGCAGACAGAAGAGAUGUACAUGCCAACGCCCCCGGACCUCUCUCAAGAACACUUCAGAAUUUUCAGUUCCGUGGAGAAAAGCAGACUUCCCCUUUCCCAGCUUGGGCUUGUGAUUUCUUCUUAUUAUAAAACUGUAGAUGUUCUUGGAACUAGCAAUCAAAGGAGUCUUAAAGUUCAGGCAUUGCAUGAACUUGGAAAUCUUCUCAUCUUUGCUGAAAAGAAAAGGGCUGCUUUAAAAUGUUGGUCUCAAGCUCUCGAUGACCUAUUCCAAAAACAAGAUGUGCUACACUCAUGGAAGGAGUUUGGUACUUCACACACUAGUGUCACCAGUAGCUGUUCCCCUCCACAGUUAAAGGACUACAGUGAAGAAUUUCUGUCAAAAAUGGACAUUUGGGGAUGUUUGCAAGGAGCAGUCAUAUCUGCAAAGAUAGCACAAUUUAUUCAGACAUUGGAUGUGAGUAAAAGAAUCAACUGCUGCAUUUUGUCUGCAUUACUCUUUCAGGGUUUGCUUAGAACCACACUUCCGCACCCCAAAGCCGAACGUUGCUAUGCUCUGUAUGAAGUCACUCAGCUUCUUCCAGGCAUUGAGCUUUUCUCAGACAGAUACAGGGCUGAUAUUUGCACUGUGAUCACAAGUCUCUAUUAUGUAAUCCGUGAACUGCACUUUGCUAAGCAUGACCUCAUAAUUCUGCCUCUUCUUGCAUUGUACCAGUAUUUUGUUUCUGGAAUUUGUCAAGACUUAGUCAGAAACCUAGAAGCAAGAAUCCUCAAGAUAGAAGUCCUUAUAGAUCUAAGGUUCUUUUCUGAAGCCUUUGCUGAGAUGAUACAUAUUUUUAAUGGAAAAAACAUGCCUUCCUCUAUACCUGCUGGAUAUAAAUCCUUCGGAAAAGUGAAGAUAUUUCAAUCAUUUGAUGCAGGAAAGCCUCUUUAUUAUAAAGAAAAUAUUCAGGCACUGGAGGAAUUAAUAAGUAAAGGCACGCCUCCAAUUUUGACUACGGUUGGCCAACAACAUCUCUUAAAUAAAUAUUCUUUUGUUAAAGCAUACUUUUUAAUAAAUGUGGCUGCAAUGAUAAACUGUAUCCCAGAGAAUAUAACAAAAUCUUCAUUGAGUUAUGAGAAGCACAAAAUAAACAUACUGAACUUUAAAGAGCAAAUUUUAAAAGAAGAAGGAAGUUCAGCUUUACAACUUACAAAACCAAAAGAUGAUUUGCUUCUUUGCACAAUAAAGUCAGUCUUACUGGCUGAGGCUGAAGAUAGGCUGAACAGCCUUUUGGUGGAGUUGGAUCAUUCUGCUCACAGAAGCCUCUCCCAGUACUCUGCAGGAGAUUUGGAGACUGUGGUGGAGGUCCAGCUUCAGUUGGCUGAUAUUGCCUUGCAGAGACACCGCGCAGCCUACAGUUCUGCAAUAGUAUUUUCCAUUCUUAGACUUCUUCAGGAUUCAAAACUUUUUAAGAAGAAAGUAUCAAUGGAAAGGAGAGAAAGUUCCAUCUCUACAUCAACUGUUGCAACUGAACAGAAAGAUGAUGAAUUUUUAGAUCCUAUUUCCCUACAUGCUCGAGAGUAUUUCAACAUUCACCUGUGGCUAAGGUGCUGCUUGGCCUUGGUGACUGCAUUUGUGGCACAAGUUCGUGGCAUUGGAAUAGUAACAGAAAAUGAUUUGACUGAUGUGGAUAGUCUCAUCAAUGAUGCGUUAAUGGAGGCCAAGAAUUCAAAUGACAAGGAGCUACAGGCUGAAUUCUUGAUGCAAGCUGUAAUCAUUGGUCUUCAAGAGAAGCAUUUAAAGUCAGAGAUCAUAACUAAACUGCAGGAUAUAAUGCAAUUGCUUCAAGGAAAUGUGUUUAUUUCUCCUCGAUCUCACUUAACCUUGGCGAGAAGCAUGCUAUUGAUGGAUGACCUAACAAAAGCUGAGAAAUUCCGCGAUAAUGCCUCUUUGAAAACAGACAAGCUUCAUUCAUUAGUGCAGUGCCAUGACAUUCUCAUUAAACAGUUGUUAACUUUGGGAGAAAUGAUUGAAUUUCCUGCAUCAAAUACUGACUAUGCAAGUCCUAUACAACCACUAAAGAAUAUCUAUCUUCCACAUAUCAUGUUAUUAGCCAAAACAAAAAUGAGAAUUGGACAUUCCAUGGCCAAACAAUGUCAAAAUAGUAGAAUGAAAGACUCCUCUAGGUGGUUACCUUCUCUUCAUAUUCUUCAGACAGCCCUGAAACUCUGUAGGAUAUCGGGGACAGAAGAACAUGAGGUGGAAGCUGAAAUCCUUUUUCAGAAAGGCAAAAUAGAACGUCAGAUGUUUAUGGAAGAGAGAUCUUCAACUUCAAAAUUUGAGAGUUUAUUUGAAGCUAUACAGCUAAGUUUGAAAAAUGAUCAAAACUCAGGGUUGAUAAGAGACUCCUACCUAGAGAUGGCCAUAUUGUUUCUGCACUUAAUGAAGUCAAAGAGCAAGCUCUCAGUGUCGCCACUACCAUCUGUGGUUCCUGUCAGAAGGCACAGUUCUCUGAAAGAUCAACUAGGAAAUAGAGUAGAAAUGUACAGUUCAUUGGCCUGGAUUGCAAUAAGAGCCGCCACACAGGUGAGUGAAGCUGUGCUGGCAGUUAACCUACAUUUUGGAAAGAAGAAUGCUAGAAUUGAUAAAGCUAAUCAAGACACAUUACCAACUAUUCCAGAAUUUGCCACUAUGGAUCUUUUCUCAUCCUACACAGAUUAUUUACUUGGCAGCCACCAUGUAGUCUUCCAGACUGGAGGUAACCAAAGUGUUUUCUACCAAAGUGACGAUUCCAGUGAGAACACAGAUGCUACAAAAAAGACUGAGCCCAAAGUGGAUGUUACCUGGAUUCUUUUGUUGCGCUACUAUAUUCACCUGCAGAGAACUAAUAAUAUGAGCAAACUUCUAGCCUCUCUAAAGUCAGAAACUGGGAAUUCUGUGCAGGUGGACAGCCUCUUCACGUCCCUUUUCAACUCUGCAUUGAUUUUGCGCCAAAAAGAAAUGCACUUUUUCCUCAAAAAAUUCUUACAGCUGUAUUCUACAUGUUGCAUUGAUGAAUUUCCAAAAGAAUUAGUUCAAGAAUGGGAAAAUUUACCUUCAGAUAAAAGCUUAUCUGAUUCAUCAGGCAAGGUAGUUUAUGAACCUUCUGUGUCUACCGUUGUAUCACUCAGGAUCAUUUCUAGCCCAGUUGAUAAAACAGUGUUAUCAACAGACAUGGCAACACAAGCUCUAAACAAAGAACUUUGCUUUCAGUGGUACAUUCCUCCACUGGAAAAACCUCCAAGGGAUACAGAACCUAUGGUGCUGUUGUUGUAUGCAUAUAAUCUAAAGCCCAUGAAGAUUUCAGAUGUGAAAUAUUCCACUUACAGCAAUGCAUUUGUUGGUUCUCUCUGGAUUCCACUGAACAGAGUUAUUUCAGUUCAUGAGAAACUAUCUAAUCUUGCACAAAUUGCUGAAAUUUCAUUGCCAGCAAGUUCUGAAAUUAUGUCAGAUGAAAAUAAAUCUGAAAAAGUAAUGGAUGUGAAACCAAUUGAUAAAGAUAUAGAAUUCAUGGUUCUUGAAUGUUGCAAUAAUAUUUUAAGUCUUCUUUUGAGUGAAAAAGACAUAUCACCACUUUUCAAGGUCCCGUUUGACAUCUCGCUACAAUCUAUAUUGGAUCUUGAGAGACUUUUUGAUCUUGCUAACGGCUGUGUCUUAUCAGGAGGAAGCCUCUUCCAAUGGAUAGUAUCCCUUAUUACCUGA